GCGGAAAGGGCCCAUGACUGACGCGUCGGGCUUUGCAAUGACGAAAUUUGACCAACUCGUCUUUGAGCUGACGCAGGAGCAUCAGCGAGUCAUCAGAUGUUGGCAAGAAGAGCACAACAAAAUUUGGCAGCAACUUUCGGUUUUCAGACCUCAAAUUCAGGCGCUCAAUGAGAAUUCCGUUGAGAUGCCCCGCGAACGUUCUCCCGAGCCCGGGGUGGAUGUCCUGAAGAGCACCGCAGCGGCGAGCCGGCUCAGAAGGCCGUCGCUUCCGAGGCCCUCGCCCCCGGAGAUCGACGUGGAGCCGCCCCCGAGCCACGACUUGUUGCCGCUGCAACUGGCGGAGCGGCGGCCGAGCACCUGUUCCUCUAGGGCCUCCACGAACUCCAGCGCCACCAGCUCGCCACGGAGGAGGCUGAGCAGCGGCUUUCUGGCCUCGAUUCCAGAUGAAGGUGAGGAGGAGACUUCCCAUGAGGUGAAGCGUCCAAGCUUCCUCAAUGUCCCAACGCUGGCUGCACCAGAGAAGCACGUGAAGAUUGGAGCUGUGGAGGAGGUGGAAGUGGCUGAGCGUCGCCGCCAAAGACCCUCCACCUCGGAAUCAGCUGUGCACACGACCCCCACUGGAAGGCGCUUCUCAAAGUCGGAGGCUGCGUCAGCCCCGAGUAUUUCCCUGGAGCUUAGCGAACGGCUGGCGAAGAUUUUCAUGGUGGAGGAGCCGGAUGCAAAGGUCGUCACUGCCCCAGAACUGGUCACAGUCAUGCAGAGGAAUAAACGCCUCACACGACGUGGAGUGGGUGAAUACACAAAGGAACGAAUGGAAGAUGUGAUCAAAGAGAUGCGAAUCAUUGCAGCGAGGUUGCGCGGUGAAUCGCCGAAGCGCUCGCAGCAGUUGCAGACCGUGAUCUCCUGGAGAUCCUUUGUGGAGCUGAUGUCCAUCCCGGAUCUGGCCACUCAGGCACGGCCUGAAAUGGUGCAGGAGAUGUUCAACAUCCAUUCCACGCUUCGCGAUGAACGCGUUCAGCAAAGUGGUUAUGAGAUGUUCAAGAUGCGCAUGAUGCGGUCCAGUUUUCACCUCACACAGACGCGGACCUGUCGUGAGAAGAUGUUAAUGGUGGUGAAUGGAUUUGCCAGCAUCAGUAUCAUGAUGAGUCUCAUUAUCUUAGGAUUCAGCAUGGAUGUGGCGCCUCAAUGGGUUGGCUACGCAGUCCUGGAAUGGAUUUUUGCGCUGGUCUUUGUCAUCGAGGUGGUUGUGAAGUUGCUGCUGCUGUCUCCGCGAGUCUACUUCACUGGCACGAAUUAUGCCUGGAACAUAGGAGACUUACUGCUGACCUGCGUGGCGGUGGCAGAUGUCAUCAUCAGCACCACUGCGUCGACCUCCGGCUCUGCUCGGAUGAGUAUGGUGCUCCGUGGUCUGCGUCUCUCUCGGGUGGCGCGACUCAUCAAGUUGGUGAACCUCCCCUUGCUGGCGGAACUGGCGAACAUGAUCUCUGCGAUGGUGAUCGGAGUUCCGUGGCUGUUCUGGGUGACCAUUUUAUUGAGCGGAGUCCUCUACAUCUGUGGCAUCAUUCUGCGCAGCACUGUGAGCGAUGAAUCCAGCGAAAUGGCCAUGAGUUGUCGAGAUGCUGAUAGCUAUCCCUUCAAUCAUAGUUCUGCGGAAGACGGCUGUGAAGUUGCCUCCUUGUAUGGACAAGAGUAUUGCGGCACCGUCCUGAAAUGCAUGUUCACCGUCUUUAGAUGCAUCAUUGGUGAUUGCAACAGCAAAGGUGGAAAGCCAUUGGCUGCCAUUUUCAGUGAGUUUUAUGGCUGGAGGUUCGAAUGGUUCUACGGUCUCAGCAUGGUCACCAUGAUCUUUGGCAUGACGAACAUUAUCACAGCCAUGUUCGUUGAUGCCACCCUGUCGGGCUUGAAGUACAACGACGUGCAGCGGAAGCAUGCCAAGUUGCACGAAACGAAUUAUGUGACGCGCAAGCUCAACGACUUAGUGAUCAGAGUAUCCAAAACAGUGAGGGAGAUCCGCGAAGCCGACAUCGGCGACGAACCGGAGAGCAGCAGCGGCGUGUGGUCCAAGUCCUUCAAAAAGACCUUUCUCCGCGCCGGUUCCGUGAAGAUGAGUGAUUUGGAUAAAGAACUCACCCUGUCGGAGCAGGAGUUCACUCAAGUACUCCAGAAUUCUAAGAUUCGAAAUCUUCUGGAUGACCUGGACAUCGAGCUUGAGGCGAGGCCUGGCAUCUUCGAAGCCUUUGGCGCGGAUGCAGAGGGCCACCUGGGGGUCUCUGAGUUGGUGUCAGGGCUAAUGAGGUUGAGAGGGGACUUGCAGAAGUCAGACAUUGUCUCCGCCCAAAUGUCUCUGCAGACUAUGGCCGAGAAAUUGAACCUUUUUCAGGCAACGAACUUGUCAAACCAGUCUCGAUUGCUGACCAUCUUAGAGAAGAUCUCCAAGCAGAAUCAGAGCACAGGACCUUCGCCCGAUCUCUGAGGCGACCGAGGUGUGCCUCGCUGUGACAUUCUUCCAAUACCACCACUGGGCCACGGCUGCCACGAUUCGGGCGGUGAGGGUCCGUGACCUGUGUGUUUUGCUGCUUCCUGGGUAGCCCAGAGGCAGCCACAUUUUGCAGAUCUGGCUGAUGUUUGGUGGAUUGCAGACUUACAGCAAC